AAUAUGAAAUUGAAAUCAAAAGAAAAUUUGAACGAAAGUAUAAAUAGAAGGGAAAGAAUUAAACAUCUAGAAGAAUACUAUGAAGAACAUAUAAAUGAAACAUUACCAGAAGAUCAUCACAGAGCAGAUGUAACGUCAUUAAAUAGAAUGCUAGCUUAUUUUGAUGCUGUAAUGGCAGCUUGUGCAACAUUUCUUGCAAUUCCAUUAAAAAACAUUGAACAUAAAGACCACAAUUCAUUUUCUGACCACAUUCAUUUAAUUUCCGACAACCUUAUUGAAUACUUUGUUGGAUUUCAUAUUGUUCUUUCAAUUUGGGAAAACAUGAACACUCGAGCAAUUGUAAUAAAACGUGCGGAUGAUUAUGUUUUGGCAUUCGUCAUUUUUGAAAUAUUGGUAACUUCGUUUCUUCCUUUUUCGUUAGCUUUGCAAGGGCAUUACCCUCAUGAGAAAGUUUCAUUUUUAUCAACGUGCGUUGUGUUGGGAAUUCUUCAAGUAAUAGAUGUUGCUAUAGUUUUGUAUGCAAUUCAUUCACCAAAUCUACUUCAUGUUGAUUUAAGAAAUUGGACAAAGCUUGAACUUCGUGAAUUAACAUUCAUAAUGCUUUUUAGACCAUUAGUAAGCUUGCUUUUGCUUAUAAUUGCUGGUGCUUCCGUUCUUAUUCACUAUGGUGUGUCUUGGGCUUUUAUUGCACUGUUGAUCAUUGUACCAUUAAUACGCAAAUUUUAUUGGUUUGUUCGUAGACGUAUAAAUCACUUUGAAGAAACUGAAAAAAAUCUGUUUUUAGAGCAUUUUUCUAAGGGUAAUGUUCCCAAAGAACGAGUUGAAAUUAUGAGCGAUGCAGCUGUUGCCAUUGUUGCUUGUAUACUUAUACUCGAGAUAACGGAUGAAGGGUUUCCCACUAGAGAAGAUGUUAACAAACUUGGUCUUAGCAACAAGUUAAAUUAUAUGACUUCUGAAUUUUUAACGUAUAUUGCUUCAUUUUGCUUGGUUUCUGCUCUAUGGUACGUCAAUCAUGCUGUUUUCAAUUUGAUAAAAACUGUUAAUGUUUUUAUGUUAAUCUUUCAAAAAAUAUUUCUUUCGUUUUGUUGUCUUUGUCCAUUAGCUGGAAACAUUGUAUUGCGCUUUGCAAUCAAACGCAAUCAUGAGUCUAACAUCGCUAUCCGUUAUUCAGCCAUGAUUAUUUUUCUAUCAAGUAUUGCAAACUUUUUUAUUUUUUUGUACGGGCUGCUCACUGGAGAAAAAUACUUCCACAAAUGGGCUUCAAUUAAAAAUUUUAAAAUAAACAAACGUCAGCAACUGUAUUCUCUUGCUAAAGCAUUCAACUUGCCUUUUUGGUCUUUAUUUUGCGCUUUAGGAAGUUUGGGGUCUCCUACUUCAUCAGUUUACAUACUGUAUGCAACAUUUGCUGCAGCACCUUGUUUUUUUUUUGCUGCAAAAAUAAUUCUGAUGAACCACAUGAGAAAGUUGCCAACAUAUUUUUACUGCAAAGAUAAUAAAACAGAAAAUACCAGCAAAGAGAAAGAUUUGCAAGCUAAUUCCUUUUCUUCUUCUUGUCAUCUUGGUAGUUACGUGACGUAACUUACAUUAAAAAGAAACGGGAGCUUAUAUAAAUUAUAACAUUUAGAAUUAGAAUACUUUGAGGAAUUAAAAAUGUAAAAACUUUUUUUCAUUUAUAUAUUGUAAAUAUUAUAUACAUAAAUUAUGCAAAAUAAUUAUUAGCUGCAUGUGUUACAUCAAAAUGGUGUAAUAAAUAGUAGACCAGAGGGGGUGAUUAUUAGAUUAAUGGGGAUGAAAUAAACUUUUUUUUAAAUAUGAAGAUGUAUAAUUUGAGAGUUUAAAGUUUACUGUUUAAGCGUUUUUAAAAUCCCUUACAUCAUUAGGU